CACUCUUUUAUGACCGGAGAGUACAACAAUAAUACAAGAAAUUUAUGCAGCAGGGCUGAUCAAGAAAUUUGGCAUUUCCCGGUAAAGGAAAAAAAAAAGAAAUUUGGCAUUUCAAAAGUCGGGAUUAAGACACCGAAACAGUAGGGAGAAAACACAAGGGGCAAAUUUUCGCCCGCUUUCUCGCGGUGCCGUCUCGCGGCGCAGGGCAUGCCGGAGCGCAGCCUCCCGAUAACCGCCCCGGCUGCGGCCGGAUCCCGCCGCCAUUCCCGGCGGCUGCGGCGCCGCUGCCGCCUAAUCCUCCUCCCGGCCUUCGCCCUCGCUCUCCUCUGCCUCGCCUACCUCUCCUUUUCCUCCCACGCCAACCUCCCCUUCCACGUGAUGCAUAAUGGCCUGCCUAGGGAGAACCUUUUGAAGCAAAAAGAUUUGGGAUACAGCCCAUAUGUUACUAAUAUUUCUAUGAGUAAAGAUGAGUUGGAACCUCCCAGAAGUCGAAAGAAACCACACAAGCACUAUGCAUCGUGUGAAAUUCGAUUCUUGCCAACAGUUGAUUAUCUUGUGGAGCCUGCUCACUAUGGGAAUUUUACACAGUUCUCUUUGAACUAUAUACUGAAUGAAGAAGUGCCUGGUAAUGGCUUCUUUGAACCAUUGUUUGGUGGACGCCAGAGCCUUCAGGACAGAGAAGAGAUGUACCAUGCAAAAGACCAAACUCUCCACUGUGGUUUUGUUAGAGGGCCAGAUGAUUACCCUAGUACCGGAUUUGAUUUGGAUGAAAAUGACAGAAGCUAUAUGGCUACCUGCCAUGUUGCUGUGUCAUCAUGCAUUUUUGGCAGCUCUGAUUACUUGAGGAGACCAACUAAAAGCAGGAUUGGCUCUUACACUAAGAAGAAUGUGUGCUUCGUCAUGUUCAUGGAUGAGCUAACACUGGCAACCCUUUCCUCUGAAGGACACAUGCCUGAUGAACAUGGCUUUGUUGGCCUAUGGAGAAUUGUUGUAGUUAAGAACUUACCAUACAAAGAUAUGCGAAGAGCUGGGAAGGUGCCAAAAUUUCUAGCUCAUCGACUCUUCCCAUCUGCCAUGUAUUCUAUAUGGUUGGAUAGCAAACUGCGUCUCCAUGCUGAUCCAAUGCUUAUCAUUGAGUAUUUCUUAUGGAGAAAGAAAGCAGAAUACGCCAUUUCAAUGCACUAUGAUCGCUCUUGUGUAUGGGAGGAAGUGCUCCAAAAUAAGCGCUUGAACAAGUAUAAUCAUGCUGCUAUUGAUGAGCAAUUUCACUUUUACCAGUCUGAUGGUCUUGUCAAGUUUAAUGACUCUGGCCGACUUCCUGUUCUUCCAAGCUAUGUGCCUGAAGGAUCGUUCAUUGUGCGUGCCCAUACGCCGAUGUCUAAUUUGUUUUCAUGCCUUUGGUUUAAUGAAGUCAACCGUUUUACCUCACGUGAUCAGUUGAGUUUUACAUACACUUACUUGAAGCUCAGGAGAACAAAUCCAGGGAAACCUUUUCACCUCAACAUGUUUAAGCAGGACUGUGAAAGAAGAGCUAUAGCUAAACUGUUCCAUCACCGAACUAACCAGACUACAGGUGCACCACCAGCUAAUCUUCGAGUGGACAAGACUUCCAUACAAGGCUGAGACUGCUAUUUGAGAAAUUAACAGCAAUGCAACUUCAAUUUGUUGUUCCAAAUGUAUCAAGCAUCCAGCUCUUGCAUACAGGGUACAUGUUGAUCUCCUUGUGGCAUCCAAGUUUCUACUUUUUAUUUGAACAGGCCAAGCAGGAGAGCUACUGAAAAAAGAAGUUAGCCCAGACUGGGUAGAACAGCAACCCACCUUUAGGGCCACUGAUAAAACGUCCACUCGAAGACUGGUAUGCAGGUCAGUCAUUCGAGGCACUUUAGUCUUCUGCUGUGGCCACUGACCAGACCAGAGGAUCAGAAUAACGCCAGUGUGCCUAACAUGCUUGUAGAUAAAAUGAAUGUAACCUUUGCACAGGCGUUGGCGGUAGAAUUGAAGAUUUGCCAUUUGCCAGUGGUUGUUCCUCAGGAAAUUCAUUUUGAUUUCAACUUCGUUGUAAUGUUCAUGCAAUAAAUGGAAGUGUUAGUAUGAGGCCUUUUUUAUGCCCAUCGGCACA